AUCUAGCUCUAACUUUUAAGUGAAAAGCCAUGAAGGUGAAGGAAGUCGACCGAACAGCCAACAUAGCAUGGUCACCUGCUGCCCACCAUCCUAUUUAUUUAGCAGCUGGUACUGCUGCACAGCAACUAGAUGCAACAUUUAGCACUACAGCAGCGUUAGAAAUUUAUGCCCUAAAUUUAACAGAACCAGGUUUGGAUAUGUGUAUGAAAGGCAGUGUCGUUUCAGAUUUCAGAUUCCAUAAAAUUGUAUGGGGUUGUGAAGGCAUGAAGACAUCUGAAAUGAGCAGUGGUGUUAUCGUAGGUGGUGCAGAUGGUGGUAAUAUUAUGAUUUACGAUGCAGCCAAACUUAUUCAAGGUGAAUCUGCUCUUCUUCAUCACAAUACCAAACACAUGGGUCCUGUUCAUUCACUCGAUUUUAAUAAAUUCCAGGAUUGUUUGCUUGCAUCUGGUGCCACGGAGUCUGAGAUUUUUAUAUGGGACUUGAACAAUCCCUCCUCGCCUGUAACUCUUGGUGCCAAGUCUCAGCCUCCUGAAGAUGUUACAUGUGUUGCUUGGAAUUGUCAGGUUCAGCAUAUUCUUGCAUCCACCUUUCCUGCUCGUUGUAUUGUUUGGGACUUAAGGAAAAAUGAACCAAUUAUUAAAGUUUCAGACUCCUCAUCAAGGUUACGAUGCAAAGUGGUGGCUUGGCAUCCAGAAGUAGCUACACAGUUAUGUCUUGCUUCAGAGGAUGACCAUAGUCCGGUAAUUCAGCUGUGGGAUCUGCGUUUUGCUACUUCACCUUUGAAAACUCUUGAACAUCACCAAAGAGGCGUGUUAUCAAUUGCUUGGUGCCCUCAAGAUCCUGAUUUACUUUUGUCUUGUGGAAAAGACAACCGUAUUUUAUGCUGGAAUCCAAAUUCAAAUGCUGAAAAUGGGGAGAUUGUAUGUGAACUACCAACAAGCAAUCAGUGGAGUUUUGAUGUGGCAUGGUGUCCAAGAAAUCCUGCUGUAAUUGCCAGUUCAUCCUGUGAUGGACAUGUUGGUGUUUUCUCUUUGAUGGGAGGUCAACAGCAGGUCCAGUGUAGCUCAAAGAUAGCUGAAUCAUUUCCUGGAUCUGAUAAAUUGAUACAGCCACCUAAUGUCGAAUCUUUACAUCGUCAUAUUUCUGUUCCUCUCCAGAAGCCUCCAAAGUGGGUCAGGAAACCUGUCGGUGCCUCAUUUGGUUUUGGAGGAAAACUAGUCUCAUUUGCCAAUGAAGUCGACAGUUCACUUCAGAGUGGCGAACAGCCAAUUAGAUAUGUUCAUAUUAGUCAAGUUAUUACAGAGCCAGAACUGCUUAAAAAAUCUGAAAAAUUGGAGUCUGCCCUGGCUAAUGGCAAUCUCGUUGAGUUUUGCCAGAGUAAAGUCGAGAGCAGCGCAGAUGAAAAAGAAAAAAUGUUAUGGAAUUUUCUUCAAGCUACAUUCAACACAGCACCCAGGGCAAAAAUGCUGUCACUAUUGGGUUAUGAUUAUGAAAAAGUUACUGCUGAAAUCAGCACUGCUUUGAAAGGUAAAAGUUCAUUGUUGGAUAGCCCAGAAUUAAAUGAACAGAUGUCAAAUUUAAGCACAGUAGAUGCUGGAUUUGUUGGUGACAGUUCUGCUGCAUUUGAUAGUAUUGCGAUGCAAGCAAAAGAUGAUGAAGAACCUCUAGUCAUUCAAACUGAUUCAAUGAUAGAAACAUCUGAAAUCAGUGAAGUUGAUGGUCUUAUAUCCCAAGCCUUGUUGACUGGAAAUAUUGCAUCUGCUGUUGAAAUUUGUAUUGAAGAUAAUAGGUGGGCUGAUGCUUUAGUUUUGGCACAAGCUGGUGGCCCUGACAUUUUACAGAAAACCCAAAGAUUAUAUUUUAAAUCUGUCAGCACUAAUUCAUCAAAAGCAUGUCAAAUGCAGUUAUCUCAACUAGGCCAAAUAACCAUCAGUGUAUAAUAGUGUGGGCCACAAGAAGACCAAAAAGUCAUUUUCAUUUUUGAUGAUAAGUUGGUUGCAGGAAAAGAUGCUAAGUGCCCAGACAGGAAGGAUACUAGGUGUUCAGACAGGAAGAUGAUAGGUGUUCAUCAG